CAGACGGAGCCAGGGCAGGCAAGUUUGUGCGCGGUCUGCGGGAGGGACUGCGAACCAAAGUUUUGACGAGCAGACCUCGUGACUUGGACGAGGCGGUCACUAUGGCAAGAUGUAUAGAAGAAGACUGGGCGAGGACACAGAAGGAUCACCAGAAGAAAGCAAGCCAGCAUUCACAAGGUGGACGAACCCAGGUGAAGCGCCACCACUUUGCAGGCAGGACAAGGCCUUAUGAGAGGCGGGAUGAUCGAACUUUCAGACGGAACCAGCCAACCCGUAGUGAGGCCACCCAGGGGUCAGUGGCUACUCCGACUUCUCAGAGGUGCCCUACUUGUUCGCGUGUGCACCCUGGAAAGCCGUGCUAUCGAGAGAUCGGAGCUUGCUUACACUGUGGAAGGAUGGGGCACUUUAUCAAGGAUUGUCCCUUAAGGAAAGAAAGAGAGUUGAAGAAGCCAGAGGCCGGUCCUUCUAGCGCACGACAGACGACUGGACGUGUCUAUGCUACUACCGUGGAGGAGCUUCAGGCACACGACCUUGUUGAAGGUUUUGGUGUACCCGGGGCAGCAGGCUGAGCAGAUGGCUACACUCACGUCCUACUGGGGAGGUUUUGGGUUUUGUUUUGUUCUUGUAGUGCCGGCGCGUCGGGUUUUUGGUUUUACUGAUGCCUUGUUUUGAUGAGGCAUCGAUGUUGUGAUUUUGGGGCAUUUUUGUCAAAUGUACAAUUGAAUUGAAAUGCUAUAUAAUGGAAAGCUUGCCCCAUUGUUUUGAAUUGCUUGGCUCAUUCCUUUUUGA